GUGGUCUCCGGGUGAGGCUUCCGUCUCCACCGUCUCCACCCGCCGUCAGUCUGCCCUCCGUGCUUGGCUUCGCGGUGCCGGCCACUGUCCUCUGCGCUCCCGCGCCGCGUUCCGCCCAGGCCUUGCCCAGCUGGAAUGCAGAGAUCGCCGCCCGGCUACCACGCACAGGACGAUCCGCCCUCCCGCCGCGACUGUGCAUGGGCCCCGGGAUUCGGGGCCGCUGCUGAGCCGCGCGGCCUCCCAGCCGCCAACGUCUCGCCCGUCGAGCCUGCCUCACCGUCCAGCCCUCCUCCUCGGAGUCCGCCACGCAGCCCCGAGUCAGGGCGCUAUGGUCUCGUCCGUGGAGAGCGCCAGACUGCCGACGAGUCGCGCAUCCGGCGGCCCAUGAAUGCUUUCAUGGUGUGGGCGAAGGAUGAGCGCAAACGCCUGGCGCAGCAGAACCCGGAUCUACACAACGCGGUGCUGAGCAAGAUGCUGGGCAAAGCGUGGAAGGAGCUGAAUGCUGCGGAGAAGCGGCCCUUCGUGGAAGAGGCAGAACGGCUGCGUGUGCAGCACUUGCGCGACCAUCCCAACUACAAGUACCGACCCCGCCGCAAAAAACAGGCGCGCAAGGCCCGGCGGCUAGAGCCUGGCCUCCUGCUCCCCGGCCUCGUGCAACCGCCGCCCGAACCCUUCCCUGCAGCGCCAGGCUCGGUCCGCGCCUUUCGGGAGGUGCCCCCAUUGGGCGCAGAGUUCGAUGGGUUAGGGCUACCCACGCCUGAGCGCUCGCCGCUGGACGGCCUGGAGCCUGGCGAGGCCGCUUUCUUCCCACCACCUUCGGCACCCGAGGACUGCGCUCUGCGGGCUUUCCGUGCGCCCUACGCCCCGGAGCUAGCCCGGGACCCUGGAGCCUGCUUCGGGGCGCCCCUGGCCGAGGCGCUCAGGACCGCGCCGCCUGCCGCGCCUCUCGCUGGCCUCUACUAUGGCACCCUGGGCAUGCCAGGCCCGUACUCCAGUCCUCUAUCACCGCCACCCGAGGCCCCUCCGCUGGAAGCCGCUGAGUCGCUAGGCCCUGCCGCCGACCUUUGGGCCGAUGUGGACCUCACCGAGUUCGACCAGUACCUCAACUGCAGCCGGACUCGGCCGGAUGCCACUACACUCCCCUACCAUAUGGCGCUGGCCAAACUAGGUCCGCGCGCCAUGUCCUGUCCAGAGGAGAGCAGCCUCAUUUCCGCACUGUCCGACGCCAGCAGUGCCGUCUACUACAGCGCCUGCAUCUCAGGCUAGGCACUGCCCCUUCUCUCCAGCGCUUCUACAUAUCGCCAAGUGGCAGGGCCCUGCCCGCUUCCUCCCUCUUGCAGAUGUAUGCACAGCUAUGCAGCAGCCUUUAGAGCUGGUGGCCUGAGGGUCCCACCUCCGCCCGCCCUGCCCCACCCCUGUUCUGGCAGUCCUGCUGGUGGCUCCUGCGUCCUGGGGCUUCCCUAGGAAGCUCGGGCUGAUGACCUGCUGGCUGCCUCUGUCAGGGUUAAGUUUUUGAAGCAUCUAAUUCGUUUCUGCAGUGUAUUUUCUAGAACCAGACUGUAUUUUUUACUUUGCCUUUAUAUAUAUAUAAUACAAUAUAUUUAAUUUUUAAUUAAACUUUUUCUUUCAAAGGG